CUCGGCUCCUCACAGUAAGAACCCACCAGCGGGACACUGAACCAGCUUCAGGACUCAGAGGUUAGUGAAGGAUUCCAGAGGCAGAACAACUUUAUCUUUGCCUGGACUUCAUGGAGCUGUAAUCUACAGCAAACCUGUUGUGGUUUAUUUCCACCCAAAAGCCUGAGGAAUUUCAGAGCUGAUUACACAACCGAGCAUAACAGUUACUGUAUUCAUUUCUCUGAAUGAGAAUCAUUUUGUAGCUCUGUUUUUUUUUUUUCUCAAGGGGAAAAUCUCAGGACAUCCUUCGAGCAGAUUGUACGUUUUUACGACCGACUCGCUCCUCAAAGCAGAACAUUAGGUUAUAAAGCACACAUUCGUCACGUGAGCCCUCAUACCUGUGAAAUCCCAUGGCGUUCUCCGACCUGUUGGAGCAGGUAGGCAGCACGGGACGUUUCCAAGUCCUGCAUGUGACCCUGUUGAGCAUGCCAAUCCUGAUGAUGGCCAGCCAUAACCUGCUGCAGAACUUUGUGGCCGCUGUGCCCCCUCACCACUGCCAACCUCAUGCCAACCUCUCCAUGUCCUCCACUGAUGCUGUGGAUGUGCUACGGGCCACGGUGCCGCUGGGUCUAAAUGGCAAACUGGAGCGGUGCAAACGCUAUGCCACUCCUCAGUGGCAGAUCCUGAGCCUCAACACUUCGGAGAGCCUGUGGGACGAGAGCAUGACAGAGACAGAGACGCAGAGCUGUGAGGACGGAUGGUUCUACAACAUGACUGAAAUGAGCAGUACUAUUAUUACUGAGUGGGAUUUGGUUUGUGACUACCGUGCGCUCAAGCAAAUGAGUCAAACUACCUAUAUGGGAGGUGUCCUUGUUGGAGCAAUAGUUUUUGGAGGACUUUCUGACAGAUUUGGCCGGCGUGUUUUACUACUGAUCUCUAACCUGAUGAUGGCGAUUGGAGGAACGUGUGUUGCCUUCUCCACCUCCUUCACCAUGUUUUGUAUUUUCCGUGUGUGCUGUGGCAUGGCUCUGUCCGGCCUGGUGCUCAACUCCUUCUCUCUUAUUGUGGAGUGGAUCCCCACACGUGUGCGGACAGUGGUGGGCACUGGAACGGGAUACUGCUACACCACAGGUCAGCUGAUCCUGGCAGCCGUGGCCUACUGCAUCAGAGACUGGCGCUGGCUCACACUGGCCGUCUCUCUGCCUUUCUACAUCUCCUUCCUCUACUCAUGGUGGUUCUUAGAGUCCGCUCGCUGGCUGGUCCUGACCAAAAAACCAGAGCAAGCAGUCAAAAACCUCAAAACUGUGGCUCGCAUUAAUGGACGGCAUGCAGAGGCCGAUAAAAUUGACCUUGAGAUGUUACAGGAGUCCAUGAAGAAGGAGAUGGCCUGUUCAAAAGGCUCUUACAGCGCUCUAGACCUCAUGCGCACAUCCACCAUGAGGACCAUCACCAUCUGCCUCAGUGCUGUCUGGUUCUCUACCAGCUUCGCCUACUACGGCCUCUCCAUGGAUCUGCAGAAAUUUGGGGUCAGCAUUUACCUCAUCCAGAUCAUCUUUGGAGCGGUGGAUAUCCCAGCCAAAAUCAUUGUUACGAUAUGCAUGAGCAUGUUAGGACGACGGCCAUCUCAGUGCGGCGCUCUGGUCCUGGCUGGCAUAAUGAUACUCAUUAAUCUUCUGGUGCCUUAUGACCUGCAGAUGUUACGCACCAGUCUGGCGGUGAUAGGGAAGGGCUGUCUGGCUGCGUCCUUCAACUGUUGUUACCUGUACUCAGGAGAGCUGUAUCCUACAGUCAUCCGUCAGAGCGGGAUGGGGUGGGUGUCCAUGAUGGCUCGGUUUGGAGCGAUGGUGGCUCCGAUGGUUCUUCUUCUGGGAGAUGAUUAUCCAUGGAUCCCUGGUUUCAUAUACGGCGGGGCUCCAAUAGUCAGUGGAAUCUUUGCCUUCUUUCUCCCAGAAACCCUUUCGCAACCUCUGCCCGAUACUAUCCAGGAUAUAGAUGAAAGAGGUUUGGCUCGGACAAAUUCCAAAAGAUCGCCUGAAAAAAUAGAUUUGGCCAUGAAGGAUCCCAGCUGUGUCCUCCUGAAAGAGUCUGUUUGAGAGGAGCGCUUCAGUACAUCUGGAAUACACAAAUAGAGAUGAUAGCUGAACUACUUAAGAGGACUUGAAUGGUAAUAUGAAACCACCAAAAGCUGUGAAGGGUUUCAUUGAAUUUGAAUGAUACAUAGCAUGUGGUUUUUCAAAUCUUUCUGACUGCAGUUAAUAUGUUAAAAGUAUUAUUUACUUGUACAAACUGUGAAAUGGAGCUUUGUGCUCUUUAGAAUAUUGUACUGUUUUAUAUACAGAGUGUAUGUAUGUAUGUGUGUGUGUGCGUGCAGUUUUUUUUUAUUAAAUGAAUGAUGAAAAAGCAUUAAGAAUACAAAACCUAAUAAAUGAGUGGGUUGUAUAUAUUUUAGAUCUUUUAUUAGGAGUCUUAUGUUCAAAUGGGCAUUCAAAUUGAAAAGGCAAAAAUAAUAAACAAUAUUAAACAA